AUGAGUAUUGUUUGUGGUACCAUCACUACCAUGAUGGGCGAAGAGAGGGUCCCAUAUUGGAAGGAUCCUAAACUCGAGAACGAUUCUCAUACUCCCGUGUAUUCCAUCGAAGAUGCUAACUGGAGCGAAGAAGAAGGGGAAAUUGUUGAGCAGGAGGAGGGACAAGAGGAUGAACCUAUAGACGAGGAGCCUAAGGAGGAGGAACUAGAGGAGGAACCUGAGGACAAGCCUGAGGCGAAUUUUGAGGAGGAAAAGCUCGAGGACAAACCUGAAGAAGGAGAAGAAGAGUUUGAAGAAGAUAAUGAUCCAGAGGAGGAUUCAGAGUAUGAUCCAGAUGAGGACUGA